GGCGCAAGAAGCAAACGGUUACGAAUAUUAUCCAAUCAGGGGUCGUUUCCCCCGGAGUCGAGUAUUAAUGAUGGUCUCAACCGGAAAGUGUUUGUACGUCAAGACAUUGAUGACUGGAGUGGUAAAAAGUCCAAUAAAAAACAAGUGGACCUUUUUAUCAUGGCCAUGGACAAGUUCCAGAAGAAAGAUCCCAAAGAGAGACUAUCUUACUUCCAAAUUGCUGGUAUUUCCCUCUUCUCAAACAAGACCAUUCAAUUAUUAACCCUUUAUGAAGGAAUUCACGGCCAGCCCUUUGCACGAUGGGACGAUCCCACUCCCGAGCCCAUUAAAAAUGGGUAUUGUCACCACUCUCAUGUGCUAUUUCCCAUUUGGCAUCGGCCAUAUGUCUUGCUUUUUGAGCAAGUCAUCUAUGACACGAUGGUGAACGAAGUCAUUCCACAGUUCCCCGCGGAGCAACAGGCAGGUUGGCGUGAACAAGCCGACUCGUGGCGUCUUCCUUUCUGGGAUUGGGCGCGCAAAGGGCGUGGUCGCUGUCCAGACCUGGCGAAGACCCCAACCAUCAAUGUUCCUUCACCGGAAGGUGGUUUUGUGCGGAUUGACAACCCUUUGUUCCAAUUCCGUAUGCCCACAAACCAGCCUAUGCGCAGUGAAGGCGUCGGUACGGAAAACACCUGGCAAAACGAUGCCGAGCAAGAGGAUUACAAGAACUUCGGUAACGCAAUUGGAACCAGUCGUUGGCCCGACGAGGAGGAUCAAAAGCCCACUAGUGAGGGAUGGCGACACGGUGUCGUCAACAACCGAAAAAUUGCUGAUGCUUUCGGCUCACACGUCGGAUACAAUGACAAAAACCAUGGCCCAGCAGCAGAGAUUGUUUAUCGCCUGCUGACUACCCCUAUGGAUUAUACUACAUUCGCUAGUACAAACCCAACCUCGAAGGACCAGAACGUGAACGAGGAUCUGAAUAUCGAAUACAUCCAUAACAAUAUCCACGGAUGGACCGGAGCAGAGGGCCAUAUGGGGAACGUGCCUGUGGCUGCUUUCGAUCCCCUUUUCUUCUUGCAUCAUUGCAAUAUCGAUCGUAUUUUUGCAAUUUGGCAGGCUCUGAACCCUGAAAAGUGGCUGAAUAAUAUUCCUGCAGACAACGCAACCAUCCAGGACUCGAUUGGCAAGGAACAUGCUGUCAAUGAAAACACACCAUUGGAGCCUUUCCGAGGCUUGAAUCCUAAAAACGACUAUUGGACCCCAGAUGGUGUGCGACACACCGUCAGGCUUGGCUACACGUACCCUGAGCUUCAGCGCUGGGAUCCAAAAUACCUUCCUCCGAAGGGAGUUUUCGAUGAGGAGCUGUAUCGGGGAGACCUGAUUGCUGCGGUAAACAAGCUUUACGGAGUAUCCAGAUCCCUGGUGCUGGACCCGAAGGCACCUACCCCAGACGGCGUUCAUCACAUUGAGGGCGGACUCCAAAUUACGGACUUUGGGUUUAGUAUUCGAUUUCUGAAAUACGCCUUUGGGGGUCAACCGUUCUGGAUCAAGCUUUACCUCGCUCAAGAGGAGGGCAUACAGACAGCAGUGACGGACUUGAUUGCCGAGGUAUACAACUUCAGUCAGAGGCCUGAGCUUGAUGGAGCCACUGCCUGCGGAAAUUGCAAAAAGGGUCAAAAGAUUCUUAUCAAAUCCACCGCCUACGUCCCAAUCACACCAGUUCUUUACAGGCUGUUAAGUACCGGUCGUAAGUUGAAGACCUUGACCCGCGACGAAGUUCUCGCCUACUUGCGGAAACGUGCAUAUUGGAGGGUUGUGAAAGUUACUAAAAUUGAACAGAAUGGCAAGGAACUCCCUCGCUACGAGGUGGAAAAUCUCGAUCUGGAGAUCAUCGGAAGCUCUAACGACAGCAAAUUCUUUGAGAAUCCUGCUGUACCACCUUCCUUUGAAAAUUUCAAGCCAGAGCCCACUAUUUCUGGUGGAGCAGAUGGUGCUCUUGACCCCGAGCUCAAGCAACCCAAGGUUGAACCACCGGCCCCACGACCUGCGCGUCCAAAGGCCAACCUUUUCCUCCAAAGCGCUCUCAAGUUCCAUCGCCAAAUCAAAGCCGACAGUGUCAUUCUUAUCGAAUCAGCGACUGUUGAUCUCGCAACUACCGGUGCGGAAAAUGACAUAACCCAAAUCGCGCUUCUAGAUGCUGCUAAUAACAUGGUAUUCCAUAUGUCUAUGCGACGUGCCUCGGGACUGAUCGUCUUCAAUGGCUCGUCGGGUAGGGAGGACUUGAUACAGAUGGACCAAAGCUUCCGAGCCGAGGAUGGUGCAACUAUUAUGAUCCAUGACCAAGGCAUAGGAUAUGAGGUUUGGAUAGACUGGGUACACAUAACUUGGAUCCUCAAACAGGACGAAGAUCAGCCAGCUGCGGCCAUUGCUUACGGCCUAGGGGACGAAAACGGAACAUCCGCGUUGUCAGAUGAGCUUGAAGUAAGAACAUACCCUUCCAUGAAGGCGCUUUUCCUUCAAAAGCACGAACAUGAGGAGGAAAAGGUGACUCCAUCAGCCAGUGGGGCGAGCAUUGUGCAAACACUUGUCUCUAUGCGCUAG